AUGGGGGUGAUAUCAGGUUCUCCGGAAGUGUUAGCAGAAGCUGCUUCGCAUGUGACACCCGCCGUGUUGCUCAUGUUAGUACAAAUACAAUCAGAAACAACAGAAGCAUAUCCGUCUUCUGCUGCAUCAGAUACUCCAGCAAGUACAACAGAACGUUCUCCAGGUAUCAUAAAUACUGAAGUUAUCAUUUAUUUAUCGUGUGGAGUUGGUUUUUUUCUUAUUCUCAGCUGCAGUAUGGCUUGCUUUUACGUUGGCAAAAAAUAUCAAAACAACCAAAAUCUAGGAAUUAAUCAAAUUGUCGAUAUAAAUAACCGCGGAACUGAGCUAGACAGUGACGCUCAAAGAAGCCCCACUGUUUCAACGGAAAGGGGAAGUGGUUACGGAUAUGCUGAAAUAGACGAACUUGAGUUGUCUGAAUUCAUUUUGACACCACCUGAACAACUAAAUAUACAACAAGACGACAACUCAAGUGAUUCGAAUGAUCGCAUCAGUCCCCAGAGCAAUGACUACUUAAACCCAUAUCAAUCAUUGUUGCCUUCCUUGCAGCAGUCAGGAAACGACCAUGAUUCGGAUGAGUAUAGCCAUCCCGAUGAAGAGAACAGCGCGUACACCAAUCUUUACCAACCCAUACGAUUCAAUCGACUCGACGAGUUCAGACAAUAUGCUAGUUGUUCAAGUGUACAAUAUUUCGAAGUCCUGGGCGAUCCCAUUGGAAACGAAAAUGAUGUCAAUGUGCAGGAAGACAGCCAACGGCGUAGGAAAACUUGGUAGAAAACACAUUGAAAAAGACAGUUCGACAGCUGUUUAAUAUAUGCAUUUAUAAAUAUUGAAUUUUAAUAAUUUAGUAUUUUUUCUAAUUUUUGUAUUGUAAAUUAUUAAUAUAAAUGUUCAAUGCAUGUGUGUGAAAAGUGUUAAGUUUAAAAGUAGACACAGCUGUCAGUGACAGUCUAAUUGUAAAUAGCCAUAUAUUUUCCCAGCAGCUUAGAAUAAAAUAGGUUUUUGAUGUAGUUUUUCAUUGACAAACAUUACAAAAGUUAUAUUGUGUAAAUAUAUUUAUGUUUGUCCAUCUGAUGAGUUAAGCCUUAUUUAACUGAUUUGUAUAGUUCAUUCUUAUGUUGUACUGUUAUAACACUGUCCCAGGUUAAGGGGAGGUUUGGGAUCCCGCUAUCAUGUUUACUUCGCCACAUUAUGUAUGUUUGUGUCUGUCCCAAGUCAGGACCCUGCAAUUCAGUGGUUGUCGUUUGUUUAUGUGUUUCAUGAUUGUUUUUCGUUCAUUUUUUGUACAUUAAUAAAGCCGUUUGUUUUCUCUUAUGAAUUGUUUUACAUUGUAAUUUUUCUUUUAUACCGGACUAUGCGGUAUGGGGUUUGUUCAUUGUUGAAUGCAGUACGGUGACUUAUAGUUGUUAAUUUAUGUUUCAUUUUGGUCUCCUGUAGAGAGUUGUCUUAUUGGCAAUCAUGCAACAUCUUCUAUUUUUAUCUUUAACCAUUAUAUUUCGCAUGUUUCCGUUAAUCUGAAGAUAGCAGA